AUUUAUCGAUACACGGUUUGUCACAGAAAUUAGUCGCGGUUCGGGGAACAAAUUAGUUCUACUUCGCUGCUUAAUUAUCGAAUCAAAAGGGCAAUAGGGGGAAAUCCAGAGAUGACGGAUGUCGAUGUUUCCAAAGGCGCUUUCUGCUAAUUCAAGGUGCAUAAUGAGAUUUUCACCCGUUAUUCCAAUCAGCCAUGAAUAUCACGAGUACUAUCAGGGUUUUUUCUGCGUUUGUCUGCCUACUGUUGCUUGUUGCCAAUGUUACCUCGGCCCCAUCUUAUUCUUCUGAUUACGAUGCCGGCCUUAGAGGGUUAGUCGAGAUGCUUUUCGACAGGGUAAGGGAAAGCAACAUGGAGGACAAUGGGAUUGGAUAUCACACUGUCUCCAGAAAAGCCGGACGUUCGCCCCAAUUGCGGCUUCGAUUUGGAAAGCGUAUGGAUCCUAAUUAUCCAAUUUCAUCGACUUACUUGUCUGCUAUUAAUGAUAUCUCUGCUGACAACUAAAACUGAAAAAUCAAUUUCCUAUACUUAAAAAAGUUUUUUCGUCAUUUUUUUUUUAAUCUUGGGCAAGAAGAAAUGAAAAUCAAUUUAGUAAAAUACUCUGUGGUUUCCGGUUGUACAUGCCUGUCUUAGAAAUUUAGAUCUUUAUGGUUUUGUUAAUUUAGCUUAUUAAUAUUUAGAUAAAUAUAAUUUAUUUAGAAAGUAUAUAUUAAUAAAUGUCUGUAUUUUAGCAUCAUCAUUAUUAUAAUUUAAGUUAGGUUGUAUAUAUUAUGUUAAUUUGAAUUGUUUGUAUUAAAGUUAAUUUUUUCAGUA